UAAUUUCUUCGGAUCGUUUACAUUUUGGCUUAAUGGCUUAUAAAUACAUAUAUAAAAAAUGCCCGUGUACCGAUAAUUUACUGUUUUCGCCUUUCUCGACCGAGAUUGCAUUACUAAUGGCUUAUACUGGCUCGAAAGCGGCCACGAAGAACGAGAUAACAAAUUUGCUGGGUUUCGGUUCUAAUUAUACUUUCGACGAUUUGGCAUCUUGUUUGAAUCAAAUCAAGGUUCAGGAAACCGAAGACGGGGACGAUUACUGCAAAGAUUCCGACGAUGAAGAUGACAAAUUCCCCGAAAACUACAAAUUCCACAUGGCCAACGGCUGCUUUAUCGAGGAUAGUUUUACCGUGAACGCGUGUUACAGAAGAGACUUGGAGACGAUGUUCAGUGCAGUUUGCGUUUCCGUUCCUAUCUGCAAUGACCCUGACGAAGCUGUCCGACAGGUUAACGCGUUCGUUGCAAGCCGCACAUUGGGAAAAGUGCCGACAGCCGUCGAACUCGACGACUUGUCAUCCCUCACCCGCUUGAUAUUGGUCAACGCACUUUACUUUAGGAGCAGCUGGCGCCAACCGUUCAACGAAAAACACACUGCAAAGAGACCCUUCACCACGGCAACGGGGUUAGUAAUUAUGGCGGAGACCAUGCGCGUCCUUCUGAAAUGCAAUUAUGGCGAAAGCGAAGCACUCCACGGAGCGCAGUUUCUGGAACUACCGUAUUUUAACGGUUUCUGCAGUGCGUUCUUUAUAUUACCCGGCAAGAAAAAGAAGCUCUUCGGCAAACCAUCUUAUCGCACUUUAGACGAAUUACAAAAUCUGCUGACACCGGGGAAACUGCUCCAUGCCAUCACAGGAAUGUGUAGUGUUCGUGCCGUUACCAUUCAGCUGCCGAAAUUUCGUAUCGAAGAGAAUUUGGAUAUGCGCACCAUGUUGGAGGAGAUGGGUAUGCCCAGUGCAUUUGGAAAGGAUGCCAACUUCUUAGGAAUAUCCGGAAUGCCGCUGCAUAUAAACAAGAUGAAGCAAACCGCGGUCAUUGAUGUUAACGAGGAAGGAACCGAAGCCGGGGCAGCGAGUGUGGCAGUAAUGGACCUCAUGGGUCGUGAUGACAGCUUUCGGGAAGCAAGAUUCAUUGCAGACCGGCCAUUUAUCUUCAUCAUUCGCCACAACAGCACCAACACAAUUCUAUUUAUGGGACACAUCAAUCACCCAUCCGCUUUCUCCUAAUCCAUUUUUUGCAGUGAAAACCGAUGCAUACACCUGUAUAACCUCAUUAGACGUGAUCGCUCAAGUCAUUUGUAUAUUCUUCUAUACAGAUUAAUUUGCUGCGAGGGCAGUGUGUUCCUGCAAGUACAAUUUUUGUUUAUUAUUUGCUUUUGCAUCGAGCUCAAUGUCUCCGACAUCC